AUGGCAAAGGGUGGGAAAGCCCCUAAGGGCAGAAAGAUCACCCUCAAUGUGGCCAAGAAUUGUAUCAAGGUCACAUUCGAUGGGAAGAAGCGCUUGGACCUGAGCAAGAUGGGAAUCACCACCUUCCCCAAAUGCAUCCUACGACUCAACGAUGUGGACGAGAUUGACUUGAGCCGAAACCUCAUCAGAAAGAUCCCCGACUCCAUCUCCAAGUUUCAGAAUCUGCGAUGGCUGGACCUGCACAGUAACUACAUCGACAAGCUACCUGAGUCCAUCGGCCAGAUGACCACCUUGCUCUACCUGAAUGUCAGCAACAACAAGCUCACUACCAAUGGGCUGCCUGUGGAACUGAACCAGCUCAAGAACCUGCGCACCGUGAACCUCGGUCUGAACCACCUGGACAACGUGCCCACCACCCUGGGGGCGCUGAAGGACCUCCAUGAGGUCGGGCUUCACGACAACCUGCUGACCACCAUCCCCCCCAACAUCUUCAAGCUGCCCAAGCUGAAGAAGCUCAACACUAAGCGGAACCCCUUCCCCAAGACAGAUGACCUGGAUACCUUUGUAGAUACCAUCAAGAGGCUGGAAACCCUCUAUCUGGUAGAGGAAAAGGAUCUCUGUUCAAACUGCCUUCGCAAAUGUCAACUGGCCCGGGAGAAGCUGAACAAAAUCAAGAGUACAGCCCCAGCAGCACCGAGAAAGCCAAUCUUUGCCAAUUUGGUCUCACCCAACUCCACGGCCAAGGAUAACCAAGAAGACUGGAGGUGA